CGCGCCCGGGCGCAGCUGGCGCGGUCGGUCUCGAGCAGCGCUCGGCUCGGCGCCGCGGGCGCUCUGCUUCACCUUCAGAUGCGCGGGGCGUGCGCGUCCUCCUCCCGGAGCCCGCCGCCUCCCCUCCAAGGUGCUCUCUGCCGUCUACUACAUCACAGAAUAUGCACCUACUCAUCACAAAUACCUCUCUCCCCUCCGGGCAGCAGGGAACCCUCUGAAAAUGGAGAGAUAAGACACACCUUCAGGCCCUCGAGACACAAGGCUGUGCUGUGACACCCACGUCAUCCUAAUGGAUCGCAGCAGAGAGGCUGAGAUGGAGCUGAGGAGAGGACCCAGCCCACCCAGGGCUGGCAGGAGCCACGAGGCGGAUGGGGACAAGGCUGCCUGCCACAGCUGUUGCAUCUGUGGCAAGAGCUUUCCGUUCCAGAGCUCUCUGUCACAGCACAUGCGUAAGCACACGGGCGAGAAGCCCUACAAGUGUCCCUACUGUGACCACAGGGCUUCUCAGAAGGGCAACCUCAAGAUCCACAUCCGAAGCCACCGUACGGGGACUCUGAUUCAGGGGCACGAGCCAGAGGCAGGAGAGGCUCAGCUGGGUGAAAUGCGUGUGUCUGAGGGCCUGGAUGGGUGUGCCAGCCCUACCAAGAGCACCUCAGCCUGCAACCGCAUGCUGAACGGGGCCGUGCCGACCGACAGCAGCAAGAUCCUGCUCAGGAGCAGCCGCAAGGAGGCGGAGGGGGCCGCCGGUGCCCAGGAAGACGCCGAGGCCAUGGUGCAGUGUUCCUUCUGCAAGAGCCGCUUUGAACGCAAGAAGGACCUGGAGCUGCACGUGCACCAGGCCCACAAGCCAUUUAAGUGCCGGCUGUGCAGCUACGUCACCUUGCGGGAGGAAUCUCUGCUGAGCCACAUCGAGAGGGACCAUAUCACUGCGCAGGUGCCCAACGGCGGCAGCGAGGCCUGUGUGGAGAACGGCAAACCCGAGCUGAGCCCCGGGGAGUUCCCAUGCGAGGUGUGUGGCCAGGCCUUCAGCCAGACCUGGUUCCUGAAGGCGCACAUGAAGAAACAUCGGGGCUCCUUCGACCAUGGCUGCCACAUCUGUGGCCGGAGAUUCAAAGAGCCUUGGUUCCUCAAGAACCACAUGAAGGCACACGGACCCAAGGCGGGAAACAAGAACAGGCCCAAGAGUGAGCUGGACCCCAUUGCCACCAUCAACAACGUGGUGCAGGAGGAGGUCAUCGUCGCCGGCUUGUCCCUCUAUGAGAUCUGCACAAAGUGCGGGAACCUGUUUACAAACCUGGACAGCUUGAACGCCCACAACGCCAUUCACCGCAAAGUUGAAGCCAGCCGGACACGAGCCCCGGCUGAGGAGGGGGACACAGAGGACCCCCUGGACACCAAGCAGUUCUUUUUACAGUGCCUGAACCUGACGCCAUACGUGGCUGGUGACGUGUCCCCCGGUGGGCAGGCUGGGCGACGCGUGGCCGAGUUGGACCCCGUCAACAGCUAUCAGGCCUGGCAGCUAGCCACCAGGGGCAAGGUGGCUGAGCCGGCUGAGUACCUCAAGUAUGGCACCUGGGAUGAAGCGCUGGCCGGGGACGUGGCCUUUGACAAGGACAAGCGUGAGUAUAUCCUGGUGAGCCAGGAGAAACGAAAGCGUGAGCAGGAUGCCCCUUCUACCCAGGGCCCCCCCAGGAAGAGGGCCAGCGUACCUGGGGACCCCAUGCUUCCCGGCCACCUUGACCCCCGGCCAGCCUCACGUCCCAACCGCCGGGCCGCGGCCACUACUGGCCAGGGCAAGUCCUCUGAGUGCUUCGAGUGUGGCAAGAUCUUCCGCACCUACCACCAGAUGGUGCUCCACUCCCGCGUGCACCGCCGAGCUCGCCGCCACAGGGAUCCCGAAGGCGACAGGGCAGUGCGUGCCCGCUGCGGCUCACUCAGCGAGGGUGAUUCAGCUUCCCAGCCCAGCAGCCCCGGCUCAGCCUGCGCCAUCGCUGACUCCCCAGGCUCUGGCCUGGCUGAGGAGGUGGUGGAUGACAGUGGUGAAGAGGCCGUGCCCGAACCCGCAUCAGGGGGCCAGCCACGGCACUGCUGCUCUUCUGGACAGGUGGUACCCACCGUGCUCUCCAACGGGGACCAGAGCCACACACUUGGAAAUAACCUGCCAGAGAAACACGUCAGUGAGCCCAAGGUGGGGAUCGCCACGCCAUCCGUGUCCAUACUUGACAACAGCAGCAGAGAGACGGCCGAGGGUCCCGAGCAGCAUAGAUUUUCUCUUGACCUAAAGAUGCCGGCAUUUCACCCCAAGCAGGAGGGGCCCAGCUCUGUUGGCCGGGUAGACUUCCCUUCGAGCGCGGAAAUAACUAGCCUGCAGCUCACCUUGGACAGCCAGGCUGGGCAUUCGAAAGAAAAGCUGUCCGCUUUGCACAAGGAGCACUGUGGGGCAGGGAAGCGGCCGUCCGCCCCUGACCUGGUCCCACUGGACUUGAGUAUGAGGCCAAGCCGGGAUGACCCCAGCAGUAAGGACGCAUGCUCCCUGCAGGCGGCCCUGGUCAUUCACCCGUGUCCUUACUGUAACCACAAGACCUACUACCCCGAGGUCCUGUGGAUGCACACGCGCAUCUGGCACAGGGUCAGCUGCAGCUCUGCAGCGCCCCCUUGGACUCAGCCUAACGGCCACAGGAGCAUCCGCAGCAGCCUGGUUUUCCUUGCUCGCAGCGGGCGUACGGGUCCUCCACCUGCUCUUGCAGGCAAGGAGUGCCAGCCACUGCUCCUGGCCCGCUUUACCCGCACCCAGGUGCCAGGUGGGGCACCCGGGUCAAAGGGCAGCUCUUCCCCCCUUGGGGUGACCACAAAAGCCGCUAGCAUGCCUAAGAAUAAGGAGAGCCAUUCUGGGGGCCCCUGUGCUCUGUGGGCCUCCGGCCCCGAUGGAUACCGACAGGCCAGGGCUGGCCAUGGCCAGGAGUCUCCCAGUGCUGGCGUGCAGGGACCCUUGGCCAAACCCAAACAGGAGGCCGGCUCCAAGUUGGCGCCUUCCCCAGGCAGUGGGGGCCUCAGCAGAAGUGCCACCCCCACCCCGUCGGUUAUCACCCGUGUGGGUGCCCAGCCCUCAGCCAAUAGCAAGCCGGUGGAGAAACUCGGGGCCCCUGCAGCGGGGGCUGGCUUUGCCCCUCCGAAUAAGCACAGUGCCCCAGACUCUCUGAAAGCCAAAUUCAGUCCUCAGCCUCAGGGUCAGCCUCCCACGAAAGGCGAAGGAGGCUCUCCUCUACCUCCCCGGGAACCCCCUGUGAAGGCGGCCCAGGAGCUCACAGCACUAGCCACCUGUGCAGCGGGGUCCAGAGGGGACGCAGCCUUGCAGACCUCACCUGGUGCGUCCCCCAUCUUACACUCCAUCAAGCAGGAGCCGGCAGCUGAGGGGCAGGAGAAACGCUUGGACAUCCUCAGUAUCUUUAAGACGUACAUUCCAAAGGACUUCGCCACACUCUACCAGGGCUGGGGUGUCAGCGGCCCCGGGCCUGAGCACAGAGGGACACCGCGGACACAGGCCCGCCAGGGAGACUUUGUCUGUGUGGAGUGCGGCAAGAGUUUCCAUCAGCCCAGCCAACUCAGGGCUCACCUUCGGGCACACACAGUGGUGUUUGAGUGUGACGGUACACCAGAAUCUGAAGUUCACACAGCCUGCACGGAUGCCCCCAAACAAGGGAGAGACCAUACAGGGACUGUGCCAGCGGAGCCCCUCCGGAAGGGGACCUAGAGACACGCCUCCAGCGCUCGGCCCCGUGAUGGCGUUGGCAGUGGCCUCACGGGCCAUCGGAAGGCUCCCAGGAGCGACCAUGGCCACCUUGGGGAGGAAGAGCCAGAGUCUCCUAACCAGACUACCUUAGACCCGGGAGCCGCUGCGCUAGAGCAGACCAAGGGAGCAGCUGCGCUAGAUGCCUCCCUUGAUGACAUUUAGGGACAGCGAAGAUGCUAUGCCUAGAAUUCCGUGUAGCUCUUUCACACACGUUUGUGCUCAUCCGCCACGGCCUGUGUUCUCCUCAUGAUAAGCAGUGGUAUCGGCAGGCUCGGUGGGAGCUCAAGGCAUCUGUAUCCUCAAGACAAGCGUGAGACACUGGAAAAAAAAAAGGUGAUGGUGUGUUUUGGAUGGAGUGAAGAACUAAGCACUGUAGGAGGCGCUCCGGUGCUUAGGAGUACAGUUGACACUGGGCAUGGGGUGUGGAGGCUGUGAGGGUCCACACUACUGCCUCUCCCUGCCUCGGUGGGUAUUUAGUAGCAGGUAAGACCGAGGGUGGCGUUCAGGAGCGGUGAGGCUUGGUGGUGCUCGGGCUCGGAAAGGCAGGGUGAUGGAUGACAGGUCCUCACAGUUCAGAGGUCUGGCCGUGACCCCCUCUGAGCCUCUCAUGUCACCCUCACGCUCUCUGUGUUUUCACCGUUUGGGCUGCGUUGGCACAGGAAACACGGCAGAGAUGAGAACACACACAACCCUGCUCUGGGCAAAGGAGAGUUAGUAGAACACUAAGAAGAGCAGGCGUCUUUGUUUAUUCUCAGGACCUUUUCUGUAACAGGGCUACAUUCUGCAAACUGCUCACAAGAGAAGACUACACGUCUUAACAGAUUAAGCCACUGAAUCCUCCCAAUUUGGGCCUGUUUUAGUGAUGGCAGAAGAAUCCUUGAGCAGUUUGGGGGCCCUAGAUCUUUAGGGUGCUAGUGCUCUGGAGCCUUCUGCUCCCUCCCUCCCUUCCCAUCCCAACCUCUUCCCUGCACCAACCCAGCAAAUAGAUGUCUUUCCCGCUUGGGCCUGGUGGCCACCAUUGGACGAGUGACCGUUCACGGAUCCGUGGGAGGGCACCAGGGCCUGAGAGUGAGGACGGCUUUAUAUACCUCUUCCUUAGUCACGCAAGUUCACGUUUCUGUGGUGGGGUGAAGGCCCUAGCAGAGUCUCUGAACCCACGCAGCGUGCGUGUUCGGAACCGUAUUCCGCAGGUAGCAGCGUUUCCUUUCCCCGUUGCUGUGACACUGUGUGUGAUGGCGAUACUUCUGCAAGUUCCAGAUGUUUGCACAUAUGAUUUUAUGCAUUAUCAGAAGUUACUGCUGCCUUGAAUGAAAAAAACGUUCUGUGAAAUUUUUUGCAAAAGCUUUACUAGUUUUUUUUUAUUGUGAAAUUUUGUAAAGGCAGGAAAUGGAUUAAGAUGAGCAUGCUAAAUAUAUUUUUCAAAAAAAAGCAAUAAUUUUACAUGUACAGAAAUUAUCCUAACCUUUAAUACUGGUGAGAGAGACCGUUUACUUAACACGGUAAUGGAUCAGUGCAGUUUUUGUAGGAAAUGGGCCUCUGAUACAAAGACUUGUUUAAACACACAUGUAUACAUGAUCCCUGGCGUGUGGUUUCUUUGUUCUAAUGAUCUGUUGGAUUAUUAUUAUUAUAUUAUUAUUAUUGUUAUUGUUAUUGUUAGCUAAUGUUUGAUUCUGGAUUCUACUUGUUACUGUUUUAAUUACUUGACCAUUCAGGCGACUGCGACACUUGCAAACAAUGCAAUGUUAACUGUCUAGCAGAUGCAUAUAUACAUGUAUGUGUAUAUAUAUAAUUAUUAUUAUUUUUUACCUAUUUUUUUCCUGAUACUCCUACACCAGGUAUGUAUGAGAACGGCUUGCCGUGUCCGAGUGCUUGGGAAUGUCGAUGGUUCUGAGACGUCACCUUGAGCGUGUCGCAGACACAUUCCUCUCUCCGCCUGCAGCAGCAGAACCCCUUUCUGUUGAUUCGUGUGUGAUCAUUUUGAUUGUUGCCUCCCAUCACUUCUGCAUUCUCUGGCUUUUAUGUUUUCUUGGCUGAAAGCGAAGGUGACAGUCAGAAAUGUGCAGGGGCCUGGGAUUUGGCUCUAUCUAUUUCUGUGUUUUAGUUAUUAAAAAGAGUUCUGUACACAAAGGGACACAAAGGUGUUGUUUGCGUUCUUACUGUGUCCAUAACUGCACUUGGCAUUGAGAGCUGGAAGGGUCUGUCUUCCAGUGGGUCUCUUUCCCAGUUGGUCUGAGGGAAGAGCAGAGGCGUGUGGGGUCCCUGCAACCGAGUGUCUGUCUGAAGAGCAGCCAGGACAACAGCCAGUGUUUUUGUGAAGAUGACCUGUCCUCAAAGCACAGAGAUAGCAGUUUUCCUGUAGCCAUAAGGCCGUCCCCCUUCCCCCCAGCUCACACUCCCUCUGGGACCAGCUGUGUGCUGGCCUGGGUGUAUGGCCUCUUUGUCCCACCGGCCAUCAGUAUUGGACUGGUUUGUUAAUUCAUUUUAGUAUUUAAUAUGAUUUUAUGUUUUCUUAUUUAUUUAGCCAACCUGUUUUGAUUUGCUUCCCCUGUGAUAAUUUCCGCAUUUCUGACUGUUACAGACUUCCUACUACCUCUACGGAUCUGCUGUCUCCUUCUUUCCUAACGGGAUUUUUACAGUGUUGCGUCUAAUGUAACUUAGACAAUAAAGGGUUUGGUUAUCUGCACGGCAGCUGCUCUGUGUGUCUCCCGGCCCAACCUCCUCCCUCGCUGUUUCUGAUUCUGCCUUGCUGCUCACUCCCUGCCUCGCUCCGUCCACCUCUUCUGUGUCCCUCCUCAUUCCAAAUGCAGAUAACACACACACAGUUUCUCAGAGUCUUUUAGGGGACUUAAUCUGUCCUAAUUCAGAGAGCGAAGAUUUUAAAGUCACAAAUAAUAAACGAGUGGAUUCUAACGAUCCCCUCCCCACCCCUGGGGAGUUGGACCUGUCCACACUUCUGCUGGCCCUUGGAAAUCUGUUCGGUCUCUUAGGUGGAGACAGGUCAGCCUCCCCCCUUCCCCCCCCCCUGUCCCCCACACAGAGUACAAUUUCCAAGGCAAGCCGACUUUGACUUUUUUGUUUCUGAAAAUAUUAGAUAUCUUAAAGAAGUUUUCCCCAUAUUUACUUAUUUAUUUUUUAAGUCCAGAGAGACACUGGUUUCUGAACAUCAGGGUUACAGGGCAGCUGUAUAAGGUCACUCUAUAAAAGUAAAAGGCCAGCAUCCCAGUGGGCUGCAGGGCCGCCCCUCCUGGUGGGCUGCUAUGAGGCGCUGGGCCUGAAGUCACACACUUUCCAGGUGCCCUGUGCAGUACAGCAGGUAGCUGCUCUGCCUCAGCCAUCUCCGGGGCUGCCGUGUGGAGCCAGGAGGGUGGCCGCUACUCUCUGGUGAGAUGACAGUGGGUGCCGUUCUCUAGGAAGGAGGAACUCGGCCGACUUACAUAAGGCAAGACCCCUCCCUGCCAGAACACGAUUCACUCUUUAAUGCUUACGAAUCUAGCAACUUCUAAUAGUAACUUUCAUUUGCCGAGAGAAAGACAGAAAACUAAGGGAAAAAAAGUCCAUGCAAACAAGGCCUCCCACAACCCUGGUGACUACACACUGCAGAGCUCCGGGGACAUGCGUGCAGGAGUGAUCACCAAGCAGAUGUUCCUUCUACACCAACUUCACUAAUUAGUCUUUGAGGCGGUAAGAUGCAGAAGAAGCAGAAGAGUUUGUAUUUCUUUCUAAAUAUACAAUUUAUAAUGCUAUAUUUUGUACUCUUUAUAUUAGAAUUUGUAACUAGAUCGAUGUAUUUAACUAUUUCUGAGAAAAAAAAUUCAAUGUUACAGCUGUGUGAUAAAAAGAUAUUUAGAUAAAACAUAUUCACUCUAUUGGAAUUUGAAAUAAAUAAAAACAUCUUGGAGUUGUAAAAUACUUGCCCCUCCUUCAGAAGGUGGCUUACAUUAUUUGUCA